UCGAUGUGAGCUCGUGGUGAUUCCGGGCUGAAUUUGAAGAGACCGCGUUGGCCAAGGAUGGAUCCGGCGGACAGCAAUACAACGGGAAACGGGAGCGACGAAGGAGGGAACUUUCUUACCUUUUUAAUUCUCAAAGUAGGCCUGUUUUUCCUUAUCUUGUACGUCUUGUGGUUAUAUGUGGACUCCAACUAUGACCUAGGGCCAAGGCUGGUGUCCAAGAACUCGUCUUUACGGCCGUACUUUCUGCAGAAGUGCCUCGGGUUGAGGAGCCCGUUCGUCCCGACCGCCUGGGCGCUCAACCCGCACGUCCAGACGGCCUUAUCGGCGGUGGUCUGCCCGGCUACGGGGCCGCGGUUCGAGCGGGAGUUUCUGGAGCUGAAGGACGGGGGAGUAGUGGGCCUAGAUUGGACCACCUUCGAAGAAAAGACGUCGAAUGAUCACCGGUCUAUCGUGAUCGUGGUCUGCGGCGCGGUGACGACCGGUAACGCCGUAGCCAGGCUGUGUCAGCGGGCGUGGCGGCGUGGGUUCCGCGCCGUGGUGUUCAGACCUCGCGGACACGGCGACGUCCCCCUCACCACGCCGCGCCUCCAGAGCUUCGGUGACCCUUCGGACUUCCGAGAGGCCUUGGAAUACAUCCGAGCCACGAACCCGGGCUCUGACCUCACCGCGGUCAGUCUGAGCACAGGGUGCGGGGUUCUAAUCUCGUACCUGGGCGAGUACGGUUCCUCUACCUACCUUACAGCGGCAGCGUGUAUCUCCCCUAUCUAUUGUGCGGAGAAUUUCUACUCCUCCCAGGCUAUCUCUAGCCUUUAUAGAUGGAUAUUAUUGCAGAGGCAAAAACUGUUGCUAUUGUCACACGUGUCUUGCCUACAAAAAUGUGACACGUUGGAUGGCACUUCAGCACUAAGGACAGGGUCAAUGGCGGAGUUCGAGGAAAUGGUGUUUUGUAAAACGAACGGUGUGCGCACAAUGGAGGAUUAUUGGGAACAGAACGAGCCUACGAGAGAGAUAGACGAAGUGGCCGUUCCUUUACUGUGUAUCAGUAGUAAAGAUGACCCACUCGUGCCCAAGGAGAGCAUCCCGAUAGAACUGUUCCUAACCUACCCACAUUUCUUCUUAGCGCUGACCGAAAAGGGAGGGCACUGCGGGUUCUUCGAAGGAUUCCAACCGGAGUCCAGGGCCGAGAUAUUGGCUUUUGAAUUUUUGCGGGCCGCACAGAGACUUAAUAUGACCACCCACUCGAACGGGAAUGGUAUGCUGGUGUGAUGUACAUGUAUGAAGUGUCUUACUGCUUUCAGGGUCUUGUUAACGCAGUAGGAAGCAUUUCUAGACUUCAUGUUGUCAUUUGUUUUGUUUUGUGGCUGAUAUAACUGGCGUGUAUUUGUAAA